AUGGGGCCUGCAGCUGCAUCACGCCCCGAUAACCCUGUGCCCGCUGUCGGGUGGACAGACGGACGGACGGAGCCGGCCGGACCUGUCUGCACCCCGCUGCGCACCGGGAAGGGCCUCGCAGCACCCUGCACCCCUGCGCAGGAGCCGACGGCGUGGGAGGACCGGGCUGUGCCCCACGCACCCGCAACGGUGAGGGGUCCCCGUGCUGUGCCCUGUGGUGGCCACGGCCACCUUGCUGGGGGUUGCUUUCUGAGGGAAGCCUUUGCUCCCGCCACCCUCCCCACGCCAGGUCAGGGCGUCCCAUGGGACGCGAGGUGGGGACAGUCCCAGCUCAGGGCCCCGCACGCCCGCCCGGGGGCAGGGUCGCGGUUGGGCAGGUGUCCGUGUGUCUGGAGCGCGGCUGUCUUGCAGGGCGCAGCGCCGCGCGCCAUGGGGGACUGGAGCCUGCUGGGGCGGCUGCUGGAGAGCGCCCAGGAGCACUCCACGGUGGUGGGGAAGGUCUGGCUCACCGUCCUCUUCGUCUUCCGCAUCCUGGUGCUGGGGGCGGCUGCCGAACGGGUCUGGGGCGACGAGUUGGCUGGCUUCUCCUGCGACACGCAGCAGCCCGGCUGCCAGAACGCCUGCUACGACAGCACCUUCCCCCUCUCCCACCUCCGCUUCUGGGUCCUGCAGAUCAUCUUCGUCUCCACCCCCAGCCUCGUGUACUUGGGACACAUCCUGCACCUGGUGCACCUGGAGGAGAAGGCGCAGCAGCGAGCGGUGGCACGGGCUGGCAACGGGGCCAGGCGGCAGCGCCCCGGGCAGCCCCCGCUCCACACAGGGGACGUGCGGGGCCGGGUCCAGAUGCGGGGGGCCAUCCUGAGGACAUACGUCUGCAACGUUGUCUUCAAGGCUCUCUUUGAGACGGGCUUCAUCGCGGGUCAGUACGCCUUGUAUGGGUUUGAGCUGAAGCCCCUCUACACCUGCAGCCGCUGGCCCUGCCCCAACACCGUCAACUGCUACAUCUCCCGGCCCACCGAGAAGACCAUCUUCAUCCUCUUCAUGCUGGGGGUGGCCUGCGUGUCCCUGCUGCUGAACCUGGUGGAGAUCUACCACCUGGGCUUCACCAAGUGCCGGCAGGGGCCACGUCCCAGGUCCCAAGUCCUGCCUGGCCCUGGCGGCCCUACAGAGCCCCGCAGCGCCCGUGUCACCUUGCCUGGUGCUGGCAGCCUCACGGAUGCCAGCAGACCCCACCAUGGCCUGGCACCCCUGGGGAAGGCUGGCGCGUGGCUGGGGGUGGCCAGCGGGUCCCGCGGGAAGGCGCGAGUGGGGGACCUGGCGGUGUGAACGCAGCCGGUGUGUCGGGAUGCUCAGGGAUGGGUGAUGCGCAGGAUGCUGUGGUGGCCACAGUUGUGGUUGCAUCUCAAGGACCUGCCAGGCCCCACGGCCAGUGCAAGAGCUGGGCAUGUCCAGGAGCAGCAGGACCAGGCUAGGGCAGGGGCAAACACCACUACCCCGCCCAUCAGCCCUGGGGAGCAAAUAAACACUCGGUA